GGCGAGAAUUAUUGAUGUAUCAUUGAUGUAUUAUUGACAUUGAUGUAUCAAAAUUGAGGUACCCAUUGAAAUUCGUUUUUUUUUUAAAUUAAAAACAAGUCUUUAAAGGCCAACAAAUUUGGGCAAGGAGCUUGUUUGUGGGUGUGCCAAGUCACGAAGGAAUACAAGACUUACUAAUGUGUGGUAUUUGAGAAUAGCAAGGUGGGGGCCACAUGUGACUGUGUGCGGGCAGGUUCAUUUGGAAAUUGCGUCUGCUGCUGCUCCACACACACAACAGUCAUCCAAUUUAUUUUAAUACGUUAGAUAAAUUCAUAAAUUCAUUGUAGUUUCAUGUGCGACUUGGCUAAAUAUCUGCCAAGCUGACCCAGUCCUUAUCCUAUAGCAGCGACGAAUCACACUACGGAUCGGUCCUUUGAGUUUAUUAAUUUCUACUUCUUCAUUGCUGAUCUUGCUACUCCAAAGUAAAGCACAAUGGUUGGAUCUCAGGUUGACGAUGCUUUACACAACUUUAGUCGAUCUCUUAUCCCCAAGGACGAGUACGUCAUGGAAGGCCAGCAAUUAGCUGACAAGAUACUGGCUGCACUAAAGGCUAACAGCAAGUUCCCCAUCAUGAGGAUGAUCUAUGAAGGGCGCAAUGACAAGUACACGGCCGUCAUGUUCCAAAGCCUCUAUCUCACGGUAUUCGUCAACAUUAACGAUAAACCUGAUUUUGUUAAAAUUCUUGAAGAUUUCGAGGCCGUAAUCUCAACAACGUUUGGCAUCAAUGAAAAUGAAAUUCAACAUAGCAAAUGCGUUCGGUUUGUAGUACCACCGUCUGGAAUAGGAGGAUUAGAACAAAGCGCUGGUUUUGUCGUCGAAAUACUGCCCGCAGUGAAUUUGGUGCACAAUCCACAAUCGCUGAAUUUUGCCAAGGUGCAGCUGGAUGAAGUAACUAGAAAAAUUGCACGCCAUCCAACAACACAUGCCUACUACAGAAACAGCUUGGUGGAAGAUCAACUGGGUUUUAUGCGGCAACAAACCCCGUUUACGCAAGACCUAGUGCGCCUUGCCAAAUUUUGGUACAAGUCGCUCUUUUUUGGAGAAUACAUCCCUGGCGGAAUUACCAUCAUCGAGUUGAUUGCUGUUUGUGCUGCCAAACGACGGGUGAAAUCUUUGCACGAUGCUUUUAUCAUGUUUCUCUCAUACUUGAAUCGACUGGAUCACCUGAGAUGUGCAUUUUACACCGGUUCGAGUGGAGGAUGGGAUAAUUUUGUCGACACAAGUCGAGCUUCCAUCCCACCCCAGGUGCUGAAACUAACGCCUUCAGUGAACUUGAACAACGUGGGACGUUUUAUCUUGGAGCCUGCAAACCCUUCUAAUGAUUUUUUAACCCAUGUGUCAAUCUUUCAUAUUAAGAAAUUUAUGGUAUUUGCACGGGAUUGUAUGGAUCGUUUUAAGAUCCCUCAGGUUAGCAAUGUCGAGAAUAGUGUGCCCUUUAUCAAGUUGUGUAACUUCUUUCGGCCGUUACCUACUAAACUAAUCAACGCUGAUCAAGCCUUGCAUUUGAACUCGUCCUCCGCUGACUAUUUGUGUGGAUAUGAAUGCCGAACAUCAACCAGCAAACCGUUGUUGAAUCCUGCGAUGAUAAUCAGAAAUCCAAAAAUUCUAAGAAGUUCAAAAGUUGCACGAGCCCGAGCUUUGCAAAACCUCGUCACGGCUCAUAUGCAAUUCAUUGCCACCUGCGUUACUGCCGCUCGUUUCUCUGGUAAAUGCCAAACGCCGGUCGAAAUUGUGGACAGCGUUUGUCAAAUGAUUGACCGCGACAUUCGUGGUAUUGAUUAUCAUAAUUGGCAAACUAAUCUAUUGAAAUCCCACGAUGACUAUGACGUCACCUACAAGGUACCAAUUAAUGGACUCGAUGAAGUCAUUAAAGUCAGCGUACGAUGGGAUCCUCGAGGGAAAGCUGGCAGUUGUUACAAGCAAUAGAAUUAGUGUUGGUUUUUACAUGUUGAUAACGAUUGGCAUCUUAUAGGUCCUCUAAUAAUCCAACGUUAUUGAAAUUAUUGUUGCUGUUACUCUUGAUAUAUAUAUAUAUAUAUAUGAAAUAUAUAAAAAAAAUAAUGAUACAUGUUAUAUUUAUAAUUUUAUUAAUAUCCCUUUGUCACAAUCACGGGAAUUAAAAAUUGGAUAGACUUUUAUAAAAUAUGAUCAAUAGAAAAAUUAGUUACAGGAUUAGCCGAAGAAAUUGUAAAGAACAUAAAUUAAUAGUUAAUCUGGUAAUUGGGAUGAACGACCAACAGUGGAUCUUCCUCCUCUUCAAUGGGGUCUUGUUGUCCUCGUUGAAACUUGGAGGUCACCAAUUGAAUGAUUACACGAUCCUAAAUUUGGAAAUAUAUACAAGUUUUAAAUAAAUUUCAUACUCACAUACUAAA